UUAAUUAGGAAUUAUGGACGAGAAGGAACUGAAUCAUGAAGCUUCUAUGCUUCGAAAGGUUGCAUUUCUCGGGAUUUGCAUCAGCACAGUAUCAACUUUAACUUGUAUUAUCGCUAUUCCUCUACUCUACAACUACAUGCAACAUGUUCAAACCAAUUUGCACAGCGAAAUUGAUUUCUGUCGUCAUAGAACAGUUGGAUUGUUCAUUCAAUACGAAAGAAUGCAAUCCGCAUCAGGAAUCAAAGGAAGAAGAAUUAUUGUAAAGAAACAAGCUGGCUACGAUUUCGCUGAAUCGAAUACAAAUGCCGAGUCCGGAUUCAGUAGCAGCAAAUCCUCUUUGGCUCCAGGAGGACAAUGCUGUUCUUGCAAAACCGGACCAUCUGGACCACCAGGACCACCAGGAGAAGAUGGACGGGAUGGUAGAGAUGGAAAACCAGGACUUAAUGGAGAAGACGGUACAGAUGCAAAGGAUUCAGCUCCACGACGUGAUGCAGCUGCACCAUGUUACGAUUGCCCUGUAGGGCCACCAGGACCACCAGGAAAUAUUGGAUCAAAGGGACAACCAGGAAGAAACGGGAAAGAUGGUCUUCCAGGAGUUCCAGGACUACCAGGUCAGCCAGGAGAACCAGGAGAUGAUGGAGAGCCUGGAGAGGAUGGAGACCCAGGUCAGCCGGGAGAUAACGGAGAGCCAGGAAAAUGUGAUGAAGUGAACGUUGCUCAAGGGCCUCCAGGAAGUCCGGGACCUCCAGGAUUACCAGGACCUGACGGGCUGCCUGGAACUCCAGGAAAUCCAGGACAAGACGGUGAACAAGGACCAGCAGGUGAGCCUGGAAGAGACGGGAAAGAUGGUCAACCAGGAAGACCCGGACAGCCAGGACCACCGGGAGAACCAGGAACCGGAGGAGGAUGUGAACACUGUCCAACACCGAGAACUGCUCCAGGAUAUUAAAUUGUUCAUUGUUAUAAUUAUUGGCGGAAUGAACGUUUUUAAAAU